AUGUGGCUGGAGAAGUUUCUGGUGGGCGGCAAGUUUGAGGAGCAGGACAAAAGCAUGCAGGCCGCGCAGCUCGCGCUGCAGGCCGCCCGAGAGGUGGAGCAGGCGCCCGACCUGGAGAUGCUCAACAGCGGGCUGCGUGUGGCGACGGAGCCCCCGAGGAGCUGGCCGCGGCCGCCCCGGCUGGCCUGGCAGGCCUAG